GAAUGUGGAGGGAGGGAGCUACACGAUGACCUCAGACGGACGUUUGGGGUCAAGGUUUGUAGGAAAUGCGAGCGCAAGUUCCCAGAAAAGUACUCGUUGUUGACCAAGACGGAGGUGAAGGAGGUGCGUAGCGGCGUGAUCAGGAGAGACGACGUUGCAUCGCCCGACUGACUGUAUUAUAUCCUUCCGUCCUCUGUGCCGCCAGGACUACCUCCUCACCGACUCCGAGCUACGGGAUAGCGAGCUCCUCCCGCACAUGCUCAAAGCCAACCCGCACAAGCGCACAUACUCGAACAUGAUGCUCUUUCUCCGCUGCCAAGUCGAGGACUACGCAUUCGGCCCCGCCAAGUGGGGCUCUGAGCGCGGAUUGGACGAAGAAUUCGAGAGACGUGCAGAUGUCAAGAGCGCAAAGAGGGGCAAAAAGUUCUUGGAGGGGCUGAGGGAGCUUCGCAAGCGUACGAGGGAUAAUGUGUGGCAGCAGCGGAGGGAUGAGGAACAUCGCCAUGAGUAUGAGGACGUGGAACCUGAUGGCGGGGAGGAAGAUGAGGAGGGGGUGCAGACGCAGGUCUGCAAGGGGUGUGGGCACGUCAUUCAGGUCGAGGUUUUCUAGCAAGGGGGUGUGGGCAAUGCAUUGCUUGCACAAAAGUAGAGGAGGCUGGUGGCGCCGCAUUACCGCAGCACCGGCGCCCUGACAAAUCUGUUGAAGACGAGACGAAAUCAAGGUCAGCUUCUCCAGUCUCUCUUCAACCAAAUUCUCGCAAGGCGCGCACUUACGUAGCAUCAAUCUGCUUGACCUGUGGCAAGGCCAGCUGGACCUUCCGUCUAUACGCACUCCCCUCCGCUCUAGUGAAGGGGUUGCCCUCCAAAUAAAC